AUGACAUGACACACACACCAAGCCACACCCACACAACCAGUAGUAAAAAAAAUUGAAUCCCACCACUGGUUGGGGAAGGCUACUCUAGACUAAUUUUUGUCUCACUGGUAAAUAAUAACAGAAGCAGAAGGAUUUGCAAUAUUUUUGUUAUCUAAUUUUCAGCACAACUGAAUGAUAAUCCUCCUUGCUUAUAACUUAAAUUCUCUAUAGCUGCAACACUUUUUGGAGUGCUACCUAUAAUUGGGAAUUAUGGAGAAAGGAAUGGAAUUGCCUCCUGAGACUUCUGUAAAAGAAGGGAGUGAGAAUUGUGUGAGAUAAAUACUAACAUUGGGAUUUUAUGUAUUGCUAGUGCUGCAUCAGGGGUAGCAAAUGUUUGCCAAUGCUUUUCUGCCCUACUAUUAUAAAGAGCUUUUCUGUCUAAUUUCACAUCAGUGAUAUGUAAUAAUUUAUCACUCAUCCUAAAACUGGCAAGCUGAUCAUAUAAAAAGGUUUGAAAGAAACUAAAUAUUAACAUUCCAAAUGUACAUAUCAGGUGAAAAGAAUGUGAAGAUAACACACUGUUUGCAAUUUUUUUAAUAGUUUCUAGUAAAAGUUGUCUCUAAAGAUUAUGGGACCAUUUGGCUUCCAGCUUAAAUCUUUUUUAUCCUCAUGAAAUGCCUGUCUCCAUAAUUUAAGACUGCUUGGAGAAAAAUUUAUAAAGAGCUUUUUUUGUCUUCUAUCUCAUUGAAUAGAUGAAUCAGUUUUCCAUAAUCACUAUUAUAACUACAGGUCCUUUUGAAAUUAACAAAUAUUGUUGUCAUCAAAAAUGGGAGCUUCCAUAGUGGAUGACUACCACUUCAUAUGUGCAAAGCAUUUUCACAUUUUUCCAAGAUCAUUAAGGGAUUUUAAAUGAUACAUAAUUUUGCAUGCUCUGCUUAGCACUGUUGGAUGCCAAUAUACAAAGCAACUGCUGAAUCCUGUUUAGAUAUCUUUGAAAUCAAGAUGAUUAAUGCUUGUUUACAUGUUGUACCCAGAAGCCCUCACUGCCACCCCAGUUUAGAAUUCUUGGUUAUAAAUGGUGCUUCUUGUCAGAAACAUUAAGUCUUUAACUUUGUCAGACUAUCUAGUCUUUUCACCUGUCACAAAGGUUAUCUUUUAAAAUACCAUUAUCCUCAUUUUAAAGGUUUUAGCUGAGCUUUCAUGUAGUUAAAAAGCCUGGAAGAUGAAAACAUUUUGAUCCCAUGCCAAAAAGAUAUCAACAUUUUGAUCCCAUGCCACAAAGAUAUCAACCUUCUUUUGAAAAAAAUAUCACUCUCAAACCUGUAUGCUUAAUUUGGAUGAUUUCCCAGUAGAUGCGCCACUUGAAAUAAAGUAAACUGAUAUACUUGUGAAAUAAAACUAUUUUGUGUUUUUCUUAAAACUUCUAUAUAUUUAUAAAUCUUGUUCAUGCAUGUUAUAUUAUCCUAUACGAAAGUACCUUGAUAUGUUGCAUCCUGAGAAUUAUAAUUUAGGGUGCUUUCAAAUGUUUAGCCACUCUUAGUGUUAUACGCACACAGAAUAUUAUAACAUAUCUAGAAAAGCAAUAAAUAGAUAAAAUGAAAAUGGCAUACAUGACUGAAAUUGUGCUGGAUAGGGACAUGAAUGACACAGCAUCCUAGCUCAAAUAUUUCUCAUAGCAGUAAACCAAAUUUCAAACAAGAUUAAAUGCUCAAUGAUUUCUCCAUCUACACCUAUGAAGCAGAUGGCUUUGGACUGUUAAAUGCAGACUGCUUACACAAAUACUUUUAUUUAGCAUCCUGAGUUGGAAAAUAACUGAGAAAAUGCUUCUCGAGCUGUAAUAUUGCUUUGCUUUGGGGCUUAGAGAACUCAUAUACUUGUGAUAAAAGAAAUGUUUUUCAGUUGACACACAAAUAUAUAUAUAUAUAUAUAUAUAUUGCCAGUGGACCUCUUGGACUUAAACUCAACAAAUGAAGCUUUUAAACAGCACAAAUUGAUUCAGAAUGAUCAGCUCCUUUGCGUUCAGGAUAUCCUCAGCUGCCUCACUACGAUUUACAGUGGAAUGGAAGAGAAGCACGAAGACCUUGUGAAUAUUCCACUCUGUGUAGAUAUGUGUCUGAACUGGCUGCUCAACGUUUAUGAUAGUGCCCGGACUGGAAAAAUCAGAGUGCAAUCCCUGAAGAUUGGCUUGAUAUCUCUUUCUAAGGGUCUCUUGGAAGAAAAAUACAGAUAUCUCUUUAGAGAAGUGGCUGGACCUAUCGAAAUGUCUGACCAGAGGCAGCUUGGCUUGUUAUUGCACGAUGCUAUCCAAAUCCCACGCCAGCUUGGGGAAGUAGCUGCUUUUGGAGGCAGUAACAUUGAGCCCAGUGUCCGCAGCUGUUUCCAGCAGCAUAAUAAUAAGCCAGAAAUUGACGUAAAGCAGUUCAUAGAAUGGAUGCGUCUGGAGCCACAAUCUAUGGUAUGGUUGCCAGUCCUACACAGAGUAGCAGCUUCAGAAACAGCAAAACAUCAGGCCAAGUGCAACAUCUGUAAGGAAUGUCCAAUUGUUGGUUUUAGAUAUCGGAGCCUGAAACAUUUCAAUUAUGAUAUUUGCCAGAGCUGUUUUUUCUCGGGUCGAACAGCGAAGGGUCAUAAAUUACAUUACCCAAUGGUGGAAUACUGUAUACCGACAACAUCAGGGGAAGAUGUACGUGAUUUUACUAAAGUGCUAAAAAACAAGUUCCGAUCCAAGAAAUAUUUUGCUAAACAUCCACGACUUGGUUAUCUGCCAGUGCAAACAGUUUUAGAAGGCGACAAUUUAGAGACUCCUAUCACUCUUAUUAGUAUGUGGCCAGAGCAGUAUGACCCCUCCCAAUCUCCACAACUGUUUCAUGACGACACCCAUUCCAGGAUAGAACAAUAUGCUAACAGGUUGGCCCAAAUGGAGCGGAGCAAUGGUUCCUUCUUCACCGAUGGUAGCUCCACCACAGGAAGUGUGGAAGAUGAGCAUGCUCUUAUCCAGCAGUAUUGCCAGACUCUGGGAGGUGAUUCACCAAUGAGUCAACCGCAAAGUCCAACCCAGAUCUUGAAGUCAGUGGAGAAAGAAGAACGAGGAGAACUUGAACGAAUCAUUGCUGACCUCGAGGAAGAGCAAAGGAUGCUGCAAGUGGAAUAUGAGCAACUCAAGGAACAGCAUCUUCGAAAGGGAAUCAAUGCCCUAAAUUCACCUCCGGACUCAGCUGUGUCACCUCAACACACUACUGAAGAUGCUGAACUCAUUGCAGAGGCCAAACUUUUACGACAACACAAGGGGCGCCUGGAAGCUAGGAUGCAAAUCUUGGAAGACCACAAUAAGCAACUGGAAUCUCAGCUUCACAGGCUACGACAACUGCUGGAACAGCCUGAAACAGAUUCCAGGGUUAAUGGAGGCUUUUCUAAUGCUUCACCUCAGCAAUCCACCCUUGGGCAUUCAUCUGAUCAGGAUGCUAAUUCACAGUUUAAUCAGACAGGUAUAGAUGACUUGCUAGUCCCACCUCAUCAUACUAGCACAGAUUUAACGGAGGUCAUGGAACAAAUCAAUAGCACAUUUCCAGCUUGCCUCUCAAAUCUUGCUGGCAAAUCACAGGCAAUGUGAGCAUCUUCUUUGGAAGAUCACCUGCUCUUUGCAACUUCAGCUCAACCAGUGCCAAUCACAAGUUCCAGUAAUCACAUGGCUGCUUGGGACCUUGUAACCUGAUGUUCAGCUCUGUGUAUUCUUACUCCAAAUAAGAAAACACUUGAACUACCCAAAGAAGAGGAUGUUGUAUUUUAUAUUAUUGUGUGUGUUUUUCCCUUCUUCCCUCUCUAUGCAACUGUUAUUUUAACAAACUGUGGAGUAUUUGGAAAUGGUUAUGCAUAUGUACUUUGAUUUAUAUAAUUAUGCAGCAUCAGGAAAGGGGAUGGUAGGGAUUUAUAUCCAUUCUUUUUUUGAUAUUGCUAAAGUGAAUUGCCUUUAGAGUUUGGAGCAAAGAGUUACAUUUAUACUUUCCUUUUGGCUUUUUGCAUUUAUCUUUUCAAGAACCUUUUCUUCUGAGACACACUGCUUUUUCUGCACAGGUCAUUUAUACUUAGCCUAAGAGUCCAAAAACAUAGGCAAAAGAUCAGCUUCUCAUAAACUGCACAGUUAGUAUUGACAAAUACCAUUUUAGACACACAGGGCUCUAUUUUGCCCCCACUAACUUCAUUCAGCUACAGUAACUGUUGACACUCAAGUAGCAUUUUAAUGGAUUUACUUCCCCCACAGAAUGUGGAAUGAUUUUUCUUCCAGAUUUUAUUGUUUUUAAUUUUUUUUGUUAGGCUGAAUUUUACCUUAAUACAAUUAUUCUGAAUAUGUGCAGUUUUUAUUUUCUGUGGCGAAGACAUGACCAUCGUAUUGUGCCAAAUUUUAUGUCCAUCACUCCAUUCAAAGUAUGAAAUCUAGUCCUGAAGUAAUUGUAAUUUGGAAGCCUACCUAAAUGAAGGAGCUCAGACUACUUCAGUACUUAAUUGCUCUGCCUUUGUGCCAGAAAGAUUGGCUGGAUGGAUACCUUUAAUCAAUAGCAUUGUACAUUUUUAAAAUGAUUCCCUUAUAGUCAGCAUUUCAAGGGAGAGCCAGGGAGAGCCAGCUGAGGAGAAAAAUUCGAUCACUGUUUAUGUUGAGUAGCUAGGCUUGGUUCCUUCCCCACUGGCUGUGUGGCUUUGCAUGGCCCUUUGCUCUCAUUAUAAAGCACUCACUCAUUCUUUCCAUACGUUGCAUGUGUGCAAUAAUCAUAUUUAAAGGACCAAAAUAGUGUUGGAGAAAUUCCACUGCUGAAUAUUAUUAACGGGCCUGUCCAUUAUUUUAUGUUAUCAUUUACAAGGUGAGUCCUAGUAGAAUUUGAUGUGCUAUCCCAAAUGACAUUGCAGUAGAAGAAGCAUUAAUCUUGGGGUGGAUGUGGAGAAUGGUGUCUUGUAAACCACUCAAGUUUUCUCAUAGCUCAUCUCCAGUACGGAGGUGAUACUAGUUGUAACUAUGCUUAGAGGUAUUAUGAGGGUCAAAUUAGAUAAUAUAUGCUAUAUAAUCAAAUGAUUCAAAGUGCUAUCUAAAAGUAUUAUUUUUUCAGCAGCGGGGGGCGGGGGUUGCUCAGAGUAGGAAACAGAAACAGAUUGCAGGUUACUAUGUGGAUUUUUCAUCUAGAAAGAAAUAUAUUUUGGUAUAGAUAUUUUGAGAAGGAAAAGAAGUUUUGCAGAAAAGAAGAGCCAUGACCACCUUUCUACCUCAAACCAAUUUUCUUUUUCUUUCUUUUUUAGUAUUUAGCUUGGGAAGCAGUUCAGAGAUCUGAUAUUUUUGAGUAUUUUCAUUUACCAGAUAGUAUCAAGCCAAAGGGGGUUAAAAAAAACAAAACCACACAUCCCCCCCCCCAAGCCUCCUUUAAACAUACUUUAGCAGAAAAACAAAUCCCAGCAAUGGAUAGGAUGGAACUUUUGUUUUUAAUGGAAAGGAUAUGUAUAAAUUGUUUUUCAGCCUGUGUUUGUAUGCAUAUUCUGUCCUUUACUGUCAAGUAAAAACAACAAUAUUACAUUGUAAUACUCUUCCUCUGAUAACACUGAUAAAUAAAAGGAACAUGUUGUGGUAA